CUAAGCCCUACUGUCCCCCCCUCCCCCCCUCCCCCUCCUCAACAUCACUGUUCAUUGCAUUGUGUUGUGAACUGUGAUUCCCUCCAACCGAUUUGCUUUAGAGUACUAUGGCAAUGCAUGAUAUGAGUCGUGCCAAGGGUUUCCCCUGUAAAGAAUGUGAUAUGGUUUGUCCGAGUACUCCAAGUCUUCUAGAGCAUAUGAAAGCACAUUAUCAGCAAGAAGAGACCGGACGUUUUGAGUGUGAACAGUGUGGCAGAAUUUAUAAACACGCAGCUAGUCUAGCCAAUCAUAAAAAAUCUCACGAAGUGGGCUCAUUCCAGUGUCCUGUUUGUACACGUACGCUGCCCAACGCAGUAGCUUUGAAGAACCACCUACGGAUCCAUACUUUGUCCCCUAGUAGUGCACACACAGAGGAAGAGAGCGAAGAAGUGCCAGAAGAAGCGGCCCACGACGAGAGGGACUACGGUCUCACCCAGGACCUCUCGGACGGGUUUGGGCGCUCCCAUUUGAACAAUAGUGGUAUGGGACAUAGUGUCCUGCAAAGCCACGAGACAGACGACCACGGAAAAAAAGGCUCCCCUGAAUCCGACGACGCUUGGGACAGACCUUUCAAGUGUGACCAGUGUGACCGAACCUACCGACACCACGGUAGCCUGGUGAACCACAAGAAGUGUCACCAGCAAGGAACUUUUAAGUGCUCUGUGUGUUUUAAACAAUUUGGCAACCUGGCUGCCUUAAACAGCCACGAGAGAACUCACUCGAAGUUCAAGACCCCUGGGGCCUCAAUGGUGAGCAGCAGCAGUAGCAGCAGCAGCGGCACCCAGUCGUCCCAGAGUGACGACACCACCUCCUGUUUCUGCCACCUGUGCCAGGUAGCACUGCCAAAUAAGGCGGACUUCCAAGAGCACAUCCUGCUGCACAACACAGCUUCGCCCACCCUCAGCCUGUCACGGAGUUUCCCAGGUAUCAUGCCUCACAAUCUGAGUGCUGUUCGAUCCCCGGCAUACACACCAGCCCUGGGAGAUCCUCUGCCUCUGCCACCCCUGCCAACUGAGAAGAGGGGCCCCUAUGACCCUAUAAUGGGUCCUCCAGUCAACAAUCCCAUCUACACAUGUGCAUACUGUGGCGCAGGACACCCAGAUCUGGAGACCUUGAAAGUCCACUAUCUAACCCAUGAUCCCCACCCUCCCUCCCACAGUCAAGAUAGCUCCAUCCUCAACUCAGAGAGUCUUAGUUCUGGAUCCCAGGGCUCUGUGGCAUCACCGUCAGGAGGUCGUGUGCCCCAGGCUAAUUCUCCAGAUGAUGAAGAGCGGCGCUUUAAGUGUGGGGAGUGUGGCAAAAGCUACCGGCAUGCAGGGAGCCUGGUCAACCACAAACGUUGCCACCAGACGGGCCACUACCAGUGCACCAUUUGUUGUAAGCAGUACCCUCACCUAGCAGCAUUACACAGCCACCUACGAAGUCACAAGGGUCGUCCUUCCAAUCAGCCUAUUAACAAUGACAGCAAUGACUGGCUUUCCCCAGAGCCCCUAACUCUGGACUCCCAGCAGAGCUAUGUCCAGGAAGGCAGCGGUGCCACCACUCCAAUCUCCCUGCCAGGAAAUCUCGGCGAUGCUGCCCACUUUGUACCAGAUGGGGGCCACAGCAGCGGGCUGGACUCUCUUGAGUUCCACGAUCGCUUUGAUGGCAGCUCACUCUCUCAGAGUAGCUCUGCUCACCGGCAAGCUGACAGACACGUGUGUGCUGACUGUGGUGAGAUGUAUGGAGAUGUGUCUGGCAUCAAGUCACACAUGUGUCCCCGCCGUGGUCAGCAGCAGCAGGGCAACAUGUCCAAUGGUUUUAUGGGGAGCAUGAACUACCACAGCUCCAGUGGAACCUCACUGCCUGCUGGAAGCUCCAGCAGCCUGAAAGAAGGCAGCAGUCAACGACAGUACCCACAGAGUGGAGGCAAGAGAAUUGGGAGCAAUGACAAAGAUGAUGAUGAUGAUGGAGAAGUGUAUCAGUGCUCAGUGUGUGGCAAUCACUACGCUAGUCUCAGAGCCCUCAGGAGCCACCUGCGUAGCCAUGCCAACAACCCCACAGGGCCAGGACCUUCCAACCUGCAGCAGGACUGGAGGAUGAUCUGCUCGACAUGUGGCCAGACUUUCGCUAGAAAGCAGGACCUUCUGAAUCACCAGUUAAUCCAUGGACCCCAAAGGCCAGAUGGUCAGCAACAGGGUAUUGGAAGUAGUUCAGCCAAUGGCAACGAAAAGAUGGACGGCCGCAACCACAUUUGUGUUGACUGUGGCAUGUUUUUUGCCGACCGCCACCACCUGAUCACCCACCUGUGCCCUGGAAAGAAUCGAGCCAACUCAAUGAACAAGCCAGGCUUAAACGGAGCCAAAGGCAUGUCUGGAGGAGAUGGCGUUGGUGGAGGUGUUGCCGGAAGAAGCUGUGACGUCGGCUCCGAUGGACGUAGACCAAUGGUUGACCAGAGCGACAAGCCCCACAAGUGUGACCAAUGUGGACGAGGAUACAGACACCCGUGCUCGCUCCUUAACCACAAAAAAUCCCACAAGACUGGUGUUUUCCGCUGUCUUGUGUGCCAAAAACGCUACUACAACCUUUUGGCACUCAAGAAUCACCAAAGGACCCACUUUGACCUAAAGAGGCACAAGUGUGAAGAAUGUGGCAAAGCCUUCAAGAUCCAAAAGCAGCUGAUCAACCAUCUCCGUCUCCAUGAAGAACACCGAGCCAAAGGCCUCGUUCGGACUGGCCCAAACGGUUCCCGCUUCCAGCAGCCUGACCCAUCUCAAAUGCAGUCUAUGAGAGGAGAACCAUCGAAGGGCCACGUGAUGGGGGUCAAAUACAGCCACCAAGGGUUCAAAAAACCCUAUUCGUCAGCCGGCACUUCCAGGCCCCAGAAAUUUGAUCCUGCCGAAAGUGCGCGGCGGCCUUUUGCCUGUGAAGAAUGUGGAAAGACCUACCGCCAUGCGGGCAGCCUGGCCAAUCACAAGAACCUUCACAAAAUUGGAGAGUACCACUGCAAUGUUUGCAACUCUACAUACCCCAACAGGCUGGCAAUGAAAAACCACCUUCGUCUGCACUUUGCCCAGAAGAAGCACAACUGCCAAGAGUGCGGGAAGGGCUUCCGCACCCAAAGGCAGCUCGCUACCCACACUACAGCCGGCCUGUGCAAAGGUCCCCAAGGCCCCGGUGCCCAGAUGGAUUUUGAGUGUGAUGGCUGCUGUGAAGGCUUUGCCACGGCUGAUGAGCUUGCAGCUCAUGACUGCCCGGCCCAGCACCUGCCUUCGUCCUCCUCCACUAACACCUCCACCACCAUCAGCACUGAGAAGAGCUCUGUGGACAUGGACUCUGAUGAGAGGCCGUAUGCCUGCGACCUAUGCAGCUGCGCCUACAAACACGCCAGCUCCCUGCUGAACCACAAGCACACCCACAAAACGGGAAACUUCAGGUGCAACUUCUGCGACAAGCCCUACACCAACUACAUGGCGCUACGCAACCACAUGCGCAUCCACACACAGCGGAAGAAGCACAUCUGCCACACAUGUGGGAAAGCCUUCCGACUGGCCAGGUUCCUCCGCAACCACCAGAAAGUGCACGAGGAAGGCGCCACCCCCUUUGGCUGCCCAACCUGUGGGAAGAGUUUCCAGGGGAGGUCCGGUCUGGCCAGGCACCGCUGCGGGGACAACCAGGUAGGCAUGGAAGUCAGGAGGAAGGCCACUGCACCCACGGGAGAGGGCGAAGAGUGUCGGUACACAUGUGAUCAGUGCGGCCGUUCCUACCGCCACGCCAGCUCCCUCCUCAACCACAAGAACACCCACACUGUCGGCAUCUACCACUGCGCCGUGUGCCUCAAGACCUACUCCAACCUCCUUGCCCUGAAGAACCAUCGCCGUAUCCACUCUGAGACGCGGCGCCACCGAUGCCAUGACUGCGGGAAGGCCUUCCGGGUUUCCUCCCAGCUCUACAACCACCGGCGUGUACACCAGAAACAGCGGGAGCUGACCUGUCGGUCCUGCCAGCGAGCCUUUCCCACGCAGGCCAGCUUCAGGCUCCACAUGGAGAUCACUCAUGGCCAGGCGCCGCAACCCCGCCAGCCCAGACCCCAGCAGCCCCGCCCAGGGGGCUCCCAGGAGCUGGGCUGGGGGUCAGGCCUGGACCUCACCCUGAUGCAAGAGCAAGGACUCAAUCCUGGCAGCGUGGCCAAAGCCCGGAGCCAAGGAGGAAACCGUGAGGUCAUCAAAUCCCACGUCUGUGACCAGUGUGGCCGCUCGUACCGCCACGCCAGCUCCCUGCUCAACCACAAGAACAGCCACAAGACCGGGACCUUCUUCUGCAACUCAUGCCAGAAAGAGUUCCCCAACCUCAUGUCCCUCAAGAACCACCGGCGCAUCCACACCGAGCCCAAACGCUACCAGUGCCCCGACUGCGGGAAGUCCUUCAGAGUGUCUACCCAACUCAUCUGCCACCGCCGCAUCCACACCAAGGAGAAGCCGUUCUCCUGCCAGCAGUGCGACAAGCGCUUCUCCUCCAAGUCCAACCUGAGGCACCACAUGAAGGUGCACUGGAGCGGCUCCACGGCGCCUCCUCCCAUGUCCAUGGGCGCGCCCAACUUCCUGGAUCUGAGUCCGGUGGUUUCGAGCAGCAGCUCCAGGAGCUUCGUCUGCGGUCAGUGCGGCCGCUCGUACCGCCACGCGAGCUCCCUGCUCAACCACAAGAACAGCCACAAGACCGGGACCUACUUCUGCAACUCAUGCCAGAAAGAGUUCCCCAACCUCAUGUCCCUCAAGAACCACCGGCGCAUCCACACCGAGCCCAAACGCUACCAGUGCCCUGACUGCGGGAAGUCCUUCAGAGUGUCCACAGCGCUCAUCUGCCACCGCCGCAUCCACACCAAGGAGAAACCGUUCUCCUGCCAGCAGUGCAGCAAGCGCUUCUCCUCCAAGUCCAACCUGAGGCACCACAUGAAGGUGCACUGGAAGACCCCGCCGCUGUCCAGAGGGCGGCCUUCCGCCUUCCUCGCCGUCUCCUCCAGACCUUUCUGAACAUCCAGUCUCAGGAUCUUCCUAUGAGCUCGGGCCAGACCUGCAGGACCAACUUAAAAAAAACCCAGACCACAUCAUCUCCCCCAAAUACCUAACUGUGAAAUUUAACCUCAGCUGAAUCCUUCAGGCUUAAAUCUGAACCAAGAGAUCCAGAUUCAGGAAAAUUUCCCCAAAUUCAAAGUGCUUAGUGUUUGACGUAACAGUUUUAGAUCAUCAAACGUUACCGGCUGUUUUCACUACCAAAGGGUUAAUUAGCAGAUAUCCUGUACCUGCUAGUUGCAGGCUGCUAUCACCUCAUUACUUUAAUGGAGAGGUUGGUGGUCAUUUAUUGGCUGGACUUCACAGGGGUUUCAGUCCCGUGUGAGACUUUUGGUUUUAAUUCAGAUUUUGUCUCGUUUAGGCACCAAAACCACCCGGUUAGGUUGAGGAAGGGAUCGUGGUUUGACAAAACUGACACAGUAUCCUGUAGUGGAUGGACGGUGUGAUUUGCCCAGUCUGAAGCAUAAACACAGGCAAGAUAAUAACCAUUUAAUACUCUGAUAACAUUCCAAGUGGAUGAGUUUCAGCAGUGCCCUGCAGUUUGUGAAGUUCUCAGCCAAGUUAGAGGGCAACGCUUUCGUUUGACCUCUAAAUUUAUUUUGAUUCAGUAGCAAAGUGCAACUUAAGUUAGAGUUCAUUUCUUUAUUCUGAAUUUGAUCCCGCUCUAUAUAAAAUAUGGAUGUAGCCUCAGUGAUGUCAUCCAUUGGUUUCUGGACAUUUUGUAACCUUGGUGAUAGUGUUUCAGUUUUUGGAGGCAGAAGUGACCAUAUUUGGACAAGAGUCAGCUUGGUUAUCACAGACUGUAUGGGAGCAUCACUCAGACAUGUAUACCUGCUAAUCAGUAACAUUCCCAAUAACAACCUGGAGCUCCGCCUUCUUGGACGGUCUGUUAGUCCAGUGAAGCCACAGCAGCCAUAUUAUUGGUCAGAUAAUUGCAUUCAAAAGGCUCGUCCAGAGGUCCAGUUCAGGGACUCCAGUUACCUGAGGUGAAACUAGCAGACGGCUAGCAGCUACAGCCACCUGUGUCACCAUCCACCUGUCAGUCAGAGGCCACGCCCCUAUACAGGUGCUAUUAAAGGGGAAAUUGGGCAUUGAGACCAAAAUAGUUUUUCUAGCAGGCUGUGGUAACAGCCUCUGGUGGACAUUAGAGGAACUGCAGGUCUCCUGUUUUACUCAUCCAACACCCAAAGUGUAAAACAAACUAUUUAGCUGUUUCAUCAUGUUAUAUGAUAGAAUAUUAAUACAUUUUCAGCAACUGUGAUAAAUUGUAUGUAUCCUUGAAAUGAAAUGAAACAAAUUUAAUUGAAAGCGCACGGCAGGAGACUAAGACACUCUCAGUUUCACAGUUUGGUAUUUGGUCAUCUUCUGCUCUCAUACAGCUCAGACAUGCAGUGGUGACCUUUCCAGACUUUUCCUCCACGUGGGAACUCGAGUUUCUCCCCAGUGAUGCUAACGGUGCUCAGAGCUUAGCCUCUGUCAGCAGACUCUCUGAUGGACAGCAUGUUCUGACUCCUCGGCAGCAGAGAACAGGUGGAUUAUGGGUCUUUCUUUCACUUCACUUUCACUUCACAGUUAUUAUUGCAGAGGAUGAAAACUGCAUCAUCUUCCUCUUUUUUCAUCUGUCUUUUUACUGGCUGUUUGUGUCGCUCUGAAGGAUUCUGAAGUCUGACUUGUGGAAGUGGCCUGUGAACUUUGUGGAGGCCUCUGUUCACCUUUCUGGUCACCUGGUCCCAGAAUGAAAAGGAGGCUCAAUCCUGCCACUCGAAAGGAGAAAAUCGAUCUUGUAAUAAUGAUAAUAAUAAUAAUAAUAAUAAUAAUAAUAAUAAUUUGUAUCUUAUAAUGAUGUGAAGUUUUAUAUUUUUUUCUGCAAUUAUAGCAUUGAAUACUUAAAGGUUUAGAUGUUUGUAGAUGAGCACUCAUGUAUAAAUAGUUCUAAUAGGUUGUUAGAUGGUUGCUAUUAGAGAUUUAAUGAAGUCAUACUGUGUGAUAAUCUGGAGUCCUGUGUGACGUUUUAUCAGUUCAUUUAUCUCUUCGUCGUCUGGAUUCUGAGGUUUUGAUCUUUCCAGUGGCAGAACGUUUUCCCUGAGUGACGUCUUUGAGACGCCGCGCCAAUAAAUACGAGGACAUUUCUCGUGUUGUGGGUUUCUUCUGUGGACAAAGCUGGUGUCGGGAGCCACGCAGUUUUGUCUCUGAGGAAAAACACUUAAAAACCAGACUUCAGGCUCAUUAUGAAGCAGCCUGCAGACCAGCAGAGACCAGCAGUUUAGCCCUUGUCUUCAUCACACUGUGUUUGUGUAGUCAAACUGUCUUCAGGCACGUGGAAUCAAGGACUUUGUGCCUGGUGUCUUACAUGUAUAGAUAGUCAAAGGGUUGUGAUCCAAACUAAGAAGAAACUGAAUAGUGAAAGUAAUGACGUAAUAAUUUUGCGUUGUCUGCUACAGACGGCAACUGAUUUCACCUUUUUCACAGAGAGAACCCCCUUUUUUUCAGAGGGAUUCAUCCUGCUCAUCUCCUGUUCUCUGUGCUUAUUACAUCACAUUAGCUUUACUCACAAUUUUUACAUUUUUGCACUCACAGUUGACACUCUGCCUCUUUACAGCUGUCUAGUAACUCGUUAAUGUGUAAUUAAAAGCAUAGUA